AAAAAAAAAGUCGACUUACCUGUAGCUCAACUUCUGGCAGCUCACUCACUGUUACCUGCUCCGACUUGAAAGUCCAGUUUCACAAGGAAGAAUCGUAGAGGAAGCAAAAUAUGUCACAGGAGACAGACAAUAAGCGCCUGGUGGUGGUGGUACCCAAUGAAAACUCCUUCCCUGCAGUGCGGCGAGCUUACACCAAUGAGGAUGAGGCAUGGAGGUCAUACCUGGAGAACCCACUGACAGCUGCCACCAAGGCCAUGAUGAGCAUCAACGGGGACGAGGACAGUGCCAACGCCCUGGGCCUGCUUUACGACUACUACAAGGUACCAAAAGAAAAAAGACUUCUGCCAGUUAGCAAAGUGGUUGAAAUUGCAGAGGAACAAGAGAAGAGGUCUUCAUUGCCUAGUAACCCAAGCACUCAGAGCGAUGCAGAGACUGUGGACAACCAUGUUCAGGUCCUCAAAUCGGUCCCUGUCAAUCUCUCGAUCAACACAGAGCACCUGGAAAACAAACGGGAGCAGUUCAGCAAUUCAACAGGGGCAGGGUCAGGAGAUGGAGGCUCUCCAGCUGUGGCCGUGGUAAAGGCCGAGAUGUACGCGCCAGCCUUCAUGACAGGGGCGGGGCUUCACUACAGGGCGGAAGGGGAGGAGCCAACACGGGUAGUCUACGAACAGAGUCCAUAUGAGGUGACUAAUGUUAAUCACAGCUCCUAUGUGAAAGAGGAUGGACAGAGUUCUCCUGACAGCCCUUAUGAAGAGGAAAGAGACGGGAAGUACCACACACCUUCCUCUCUGGCAACAGAUAACUUCUUAUUUCACCAGGAAGGAGUUGACAGCUUCCAGUACACGCUGGAUGCCACUCGCUCGCUGCGUCAGAAGCAAGGUGAAGGGCCAAUGACCUACCUGAACAAAGGCCAGUUCUACGCUGUGACGCUCAACGAGCUUAGCGCCAACAAACGGCUUCGGCACCCCAUCAGCAAAGUCCGGAGCGUGAUCAUGGUUGUGUUCAGUGAAGAUAAGAACCGAGAUGAGCAGCUUAAAUACUGGAAGUACUGGCAUUCUCGGCAGCACACAGCUAAGCAACGAGUCCUGGACAUCGCCGACUACAAGGAGAGCUUCAACACCAUCAGCAACAUUGAAGAGAUCGCCUACAAUGCCAUUUCUUUCACCUGGGAUGUGAAUGAAGAGGCCAAGAUUUUCAUCACCGUCAACUGUCUGAGCACAGACUUCUCUUCUCAGAAGGGGGUAAAGGGUCUUCCUCUGAUGAUACAGAUCGACACCUACAGCUACAACAACCGCAGCAACAAGCCACUGCACAGAGCCUACUCACAGAUCAAAGUCUUCUGUGACAAGGGUGCAGAGAGGAAGAUAAGGGACGAAGAAAGAAAAUUGUUCCGCAAGAAGGCAAAAGGGAAAGAUGGAGGUGUCGGUGUGAUAACUGUGCCAAAGAAGUCCACCACCACGUUUUUCAAGAUCAUGACUGACUUGGAAGCCCAGCCUGUCCUCUUCAUCCCUGAUGUUCACUUUGGUAACCUGCAGAGAGCCGGACAGGUUUUCACCUUCAACACAGAGGAGAUAGAGAGAGACGGGAGUGUGCUGGUGAAGAGGAUGUUUAGGUCAUCAGAUGAAGAUCUGUGUCCGUCGCCCCACAAACAGAUCAAAGAGGAGAAACACAAGAGAGGGUCUCUCCCCACAGUGUUGCUGUACGUGAGGAAGGAGUCAGACGAGGUGUUUGACGCACUGAUGCUGAAGGCGCCUACGCUCAGAGGCCUGAUGGAUGCCAUAUCAGAGAAGUACGGUGUGCCAACCGACAGGAUAGCCAAAGUGUACAAGAAAAGUAAAAAAGGGAUAUUAGUGAACAUGGACGAUAACAUUAUUGAGCAUUACUCCAACGAAGACACUUUCAUCCUCCACAUCGAGAGCUACGCAGACGCGUACAAAGUCACGCUGACGGAGAUCUGACGGCUCGUCAGCUGAGACGCUGUGAUGCUGGUCGGCCGACGUCCACGAAGCUGCUAUUCAUAAUCUGACUGACUUCAUGGGAGACGGUCUUUUUUGGGGGUUUUCUUUUUGCCCUUUCUCCAGGAAUCUGACUGCAACGUCACUACAGCUCCUCUGUGUUGCUGUUACACAAUGAAGCAGGUAGUGUUUGUCUGUGCAAGAGGAUGAAAACAGGCACAAAAAAAGGAAAAUAGAGUUGGACAGUUUGUUUUUAUGAACUCUUUUUACUCUCUUCCUCACUGCGAGAUGAUGUGCACAGAUUGAUCUCCUCCACUCGCAAACCUGAUGCCAAUAUUUUUAUUGUACAAUUUUUUUUAAUUUUUGUUCCAUCUUGUACAGUCUUGUGUUUUUUUUUGUUUGUUUUUUUUGCCAAAUGCACAUCAGGAGCAGCUACGUUUGCAGCUUUAAUUAGAUGAUUGUCAAUAGUUUAGCUAUUUCUUUGCAUGCAUCAGUUUUUUUAUUAGUGUUAUUUAUUAAUACAUUUAUCCAUAAAUUUCUUUAACAAUUUAUCCAUGAGUUUCUUGUACUUUACAUUUCAAUGACUUCUUGUAGCUUUUGAGAGUAAGUUGCCCUCUUCAAAUGAUUUUUUUUUAUUUUUUAUGCCAUCUAAUUUUCAGCCAUAUUGUACUAUUCACAUGUGGGUAGUAUGUGAGGUGUAACAUCAGAUGGAAAUACUGCAAAGAUACUGUACAGGUUUUUGGGGGCACUUUGUUGUUGUGCAGGUCUCGUGUUUUUGAAUGUGUGCAUAAAUUAAUAAAAAUGUAGAGCUGUCAUCUUAACAAAAAAUUUGGACUU